CCUUUUUGUUUCCGCAGCUGACCAACGCAGUAGACGAAAAGAGAGCGCUGUCAAUACAUUGUUGUCGCUAUCUCGUUUUCUCAUGCAUCGGAACGUCGCAUCUGUGCUCCAGCAGUAUGUUAAAAUCGAAAAACAGCAUACCGAACGGGAAAAAAGUAUCAACAUUGAACAUUAGCAGUUAAUUCUAAUGCAUUUCGAGUGUAAAUUAUAUGGUUUGUAGUGAAAAUCCGUCUAGAAACGUUUGUUACAGUGCAGUCGAUACUUUAACACCCUAAAACAACAAUUUAGCACCCUGUUUAUCGAAAAGGAUUUUAGCUGAAGCCAAUGAAAAUGUUUUCUUCCUCUAAAAGAGAAGCGAUUGAAACGCUUCUACGUCUAUAGUUUUCCAAACUAGUCUUUACCAUUCAUCUGCUUCGAGAAAGGCGUUGUGUGACGGAAAUAAUUUAGUGUAAAAGCGGCAAACGACGAUUAAAGGAGCUCACCAUGGCAACUACAAAAACCGAAGGAACAAUCGCUGCUAUGCUAGGGCGAAAUCUUAGCUACGGUUCGGACGACACAAUGUCCUCGCGGUUAGAAAGCAUGGUUAACAAUGAGUUUUGCUCGGACGUAACGUUCAUCGUCGGCGCUAGCAAGAAGCGUAUCUACGCACACAAACUACUCCUGGUGAUGGCGUCCGAAUACUUCUACGUAAUGUUCUUCGGCAACUUUGUGGAGGCGAACCGAAACGAGGUUACACUCGAAGAUGUCGAUCCGGACGUGUUUCUUGUGAUACUGCGCUACAUCUACUGCCUGAAGGUGGACAUCACGUUCGAUAAUCUGCGUGACAUAUUCGACUGUUCGCAAAAGUACAUGCUGACCGAUUUGCAUCACCAACUCGGAUGCUUUCUGCGGGAUCAGGUCGAGGAGACGACAGCACUAUCCAUCUUUAAUAUCAAUCGCUACUACGCCUACCCGAUGGUGGACGAAUCUUGUCUGGAGCUGAUACGUAAUAAUCCGUUGUACUAUUUCAAUCACGUCGAUUUCGCCACUAUCCACCGGGAGUCGCUGUUUAAGAUAUUCUCCUCGUGGGCGAUUAAUUGCACGGACGAUCAGCUGAGCAGUGCGCUCGACAUAUGGGAAGAGGCCAACCGGGAGGAAGACACACAGGAGUUGCGCAUGAUCGUGAAGCUGAACAAGCGGUACCACAACUGUCUGAAGCUGAUCGUGUUUGGGCAGAACAUGAACGAUGUGUUCGUGGAACCGGCCGACGAUCUCAAUCUGGGCGUCAUGUCCGAUAUGCCACUGUCACUGUACGGGCUGGGCGUGUAUCUACUCUCCAAGGCGAACGUCAUAUCGGUCGAGCUGAAAAUCUACGAAGAGGACACGGAAAUCAGCUCGGAUGUGUUCGAGUGUCCGAACCCCUGCAUCAGCACGGUACACGUGGCCGAUCUGUUCUUCGAGGAGGUCGUCAUGGUGCCGCGCAAAAACUAUCGCAUCUCCAUCAACAUGUCGCCACCGUGCAAGCAGGUGUUGCUGCGCGAACCGCGCACCUAUCAUGAAAAGAUCCGGCUCGUCAUCAUGUACCCACCGGGCGACCGCAAACCGAUCGGGAUAGCGCACGUGUACUGCAAGGAGCGUAGCCGGGAGCCGAAGAAGAAAUGAACAGCGGUUGUCCGUACGAAGUGGGAAUUCGUAUUUGUUGCAAGCGGUGUUUGGAAAUGGUGCAUUUUGUGGGAUAUGAUUUGUUUUAUUAUUUUUUUUUUGUUCCAUUUCCCGUCCCAUUUCCACCUGCAAGUUCCUUUUUGAACAGUUCGAUGAUUAUUUCCUGAGAAUAUAAACGAGUUUGUUUGUACCGCUGUACAAUGGCGGAAGUUUUUCGAA